AAUUCCGCGAUUCCACCAUCUUGGAAUGAACACAAAACACACGUUACUUUGUAAUUCUAGCAAUUAGAAGACUAUCGAACAUUCGGACUAUGGUCCGAAACAUAUAACUGUGGAUGGUUGGGCAUGUAAGAUAGCAGAACAAGAAUGAAAGCCCAGCUAAGAUCGAAAGAUGGCGGAUCCGUCUACCAACUUCGUUAUCCUGUCACUACGGUCGGCAGAGAAGGCAACGACAUCGUAUUACAAUUUCCAAGCAUCGAGCGCCAGCAUGCAAGAUUGAUGUAUGAUGAAGGACAAGGCUGUUAUGUGUUGGAAGAUCUUAACUCAGGGCAUGGGACGUAUGUCAACGAGAUGAGAGUACAGAAUGCCGCUGUCCGUCUGGCACCAGGAGAUGUAAUCAGAUUUGGAUAUGACAACCCUGGUUAUGAGUUGAAUUUAGACCAAGUUCCACUGAUACAUUACCCAGUAGUCAAUUCAACUAGUAGACCUUGGCUACGCAUGAUGUCAUCCCCAGCAGAGCGGUCAUCUCUGCUGCCAUACAUAUCGACAGGUUUAUCAACACUAGUGGAUAACCCCCCUCUCUAUCAGAGCUCCCAGGGGUUCUCUUUACCAACAUCUUCUUAUAGUCCUGGGAACAGAGAGAUGCAGGAAAAUAGGGGUGGUAAUGUGUUGCCACACCCACCGCUGAGAUCCCGUCCGGCAAGUGCUGGGUCUACAAGGUCCAGGCCUGCUCAGACAGUUCGAGGGGCUUGGGAUGAUGGCUCAUUUAUGGGAAGAGCUGUUAAUGGAGACAAUUCAACAAUGGAAGACCUGCAGGAGAGAUUGUUACGAAUGGGAGAUGAGCUAAGCAGACUUGCAGCAUACGAAGCAGAGUGUCAUCGCAAAGAUGGUGUCAUUCAGUCUCUUAGAGAUGAGAUGGCAGAGUUGAAAAGCAGAGAAAACCCUGCCUUUAGAGGAGGAGGAGAGUUCUCUGCCUUUACCAGCACUGGCCUGGCAGAGCUACAACAGAAAGUGAAUGAACUUCAGGCACGUCUCAAAGAGAAGGAGGAAGCACAUAGAACUGUAACACAAAAGCUAUCUGAAUACCAGAGCCAAAUGCACAUAAAAAAUGAAGAGAUAGCAAGCCUUAAGGAUCAGCUGGACUCUAAGCCUCCUGCUAGGCCUACCCCAUAUGAGGACAGCAACAACAGAACCAACAAUUUGGCUUCUUUACGCACUGAGAUGGCAGAGAAAGACCGCAAAAUCGCUCAUCUCACUCAAGACCUCGCAAAAGCGAACAAGGCCAAGACUCAGACAGCCACACUUAUGAACACUUUACAGCGAGAGAACUCAGCUAAAGAUGGCAUGAUACAACAGCUCAAAACUGAGGUAGACAAACAAAAGAAACAGCUGAAGGAAAAAGAAGCCACGAUAUCAACAUUGUCAGCUAAGUUAACACGUCAAAAGGCCAUAAAAGAAGCAGAAGUUGAAGCUGAACGUCGCGAGAAAGACCUUCUGUCGAGCAUGGGGAAAUUGCAAACGACCGAGAAACAGCUGAAGGACCGCACUCGGCAGAUCGCCGAACUCCAGGGCGAACUGGAAAGAGCGAAGCAGGCGCUAUCAGAGGAGAGGCAGAGAUCAUCAAGUAGUGGUAAUAGGGUAGCCCACCUGGCGGAUAUGAUGAUAGAUGAGGCUGACUGGGAAGUCAUUAAUACAACGCAAGAAGACUGCUCUGGUGAUGCCACACGAGGAUAUCGUUACAGUGAUGUCACGCCAGGAUAUCGUUACAAUGGUGUCACACAAAGAGAUCGUUACAAUGGUUUUACACAAGAAGAUUCGUUUGAAAGUCGAUCCAGUAAUGUUUUGCAUCGGGAUUAUUCCAACCAAGUAGCUCUUGGAAAUGAAAGCUGUUUUGACGUCACGCUCGAGGAACGACACCCAUCGCCAGCAAUCUUGUCACCGACACAAUUAAUUGAAAAGAUAACGCCUGUACGGAAUGCAGGUGAUGGGCCAGAGCUAGGUAGAACUUCCAGUGUUUCGCCAACUGGACGCUCCCAGUGCAGUCUCGACGCUGUGCUUGCUCUUCUUGAUACCUAUACUGCAAAUGAUCACCUCCAAGACCCAGCACCACUCCCGUCAAACUCCAGGCGAGACCGAGAGGUAGAGAGUAUCCCGCUUAGUUCAAACAAGGCAGAGGCAAACAGGCAUAAGGUGAAGAUGAGUAGCGCGGCGACACAAACGGAGCAAAGCAAGCUAGGUAGAGGAAUAGGAGAUGUUGCUACUACAGAGGAAGUGUACUCUCUAACCAUGGCAUUUCUCAAGAGUGACCGCGCCAUUCAGCAGGAACUAGACCACGCCAAGGCACAGUUCCUCGAUGCCAACAGAGCAGAGAAGCUACUCAAAGUCGACUAUCAACAGCUUGAGAGACGGUUUGAUCGCUUCAGACGAAAAGUUAUCCAGAAUGUGUUCAUCAACAAGAAGAUACCUGACUGUGGGGAAAUGGACGACGAAGAACUCUUAGACAGCAUCAAGGAGCUCUCGCACGACACCGUCCGUCUAACGGAUGAGAUUCGGGGCUAUGCCGACGCCGAGGAAAGGCUUCAUAAUGAGAAGAAUGACUUGAAGGACGCCGUGGGAGUAUUACGAAAAACAUUGGAAGGCAUUGAGCGCCGUUUAUCUCGAUCAGGCCGCUCGUUUAGAUCACUGGAAAAAGAGCUGACUGAACUAGAGGAAGUCACGACCCACGAUUCCUUGCAUUGGAUCAAGGAGGUGAUAUGUCGCCUGCUGUCUAACGAGAUGUCUUGGCAAAAGCGUGCCGAGGAUACGAUCAGAAGGGCAGGCGUAGACUCUGAAGGGAGUGAUUCAGAGGAAUCUCCAUCUGUCGAGACCCUUUGCCGCAAAUUGCAGUCCCAGCGUGACCAGUGCCGACGACUAGAGGCGAAAAUUACUGAGAUGGAGGAAACCCACCAGGACGUUAUACUUAAGCUGCGCGAAGACGCAAAACGCGAAGAGGACAGACAGGUUUCGAGAGCCGUAGCCGAGGCUCGGUCGGAACAGGAAGAGAAGUUCCGUGAAGUGGUGGAAGAGAUGAGGGUGAAGGAACAGGACAGGAUUCGUCAGGCCGUGGAGACCGAGAGACGCAUCAUGGAGUCGCAGCACGGCAGUGUCACACAACUACAGCAGACGCUUAGUGAGAAGAAUAAAGAGUUGGAGCAGUACCGAAGCGCGUUAUCGUCAGCCAAGAGCCAGUACGAGCAGGCAAGAGACGAGCUGCAGAGGGUCAAGGAGUCAGAGAGCCAUUUAUGUGCCGAGCUCGAGAGUAUAGAGUCCGCCCACCGAGUACAAGUCGAGCGACUGGAGCGUGAGAAAGAGGAGUUCAAGAAUUACAAACAAGAGGAGGUCGCUUCUUUCAAGGAACAAACUCGUCAACAUGCCCUCACGAUCGUUGCUAUGGAAGACCGGUUGCUAAGGCUGACCAAACAGAACAAACAACUGGAACAGGAGGUUGCUUUUAGCAAACAGCAAAGCGGGGCAAAACACCGCCCAACCUCCCCCCGUAAGGAAUCCAGACCGCCAUCUCCGCGCAAGACAUCUCCUAGACCCCAGUCUCCGAAGAAAGAACCCAAGCAGACACGAUCCGUAGAGACUGAGACGAGUCCGCAAAGUAACGUCGAAGCCUCGCUCAAAUCGGAUGUGUAUAAAUUGGAACAACUGGUUUUACUGCUCAGGCGUGAGGCGAGCCAGGCGAAGAAAGAGGCCCAGGACCAAUCGGAUGUUGUACAAGGCUUGCGACGCGAUCUAGCGGGGGCCUCGGCACGAAUGUCUGACUUGGCGGGAGAGCUGAGCGACAAACAGAAACAGAAACUGGAGGAAUACGAGGAGCGUAUUCAACUCCAGGACAAGGAAUUAGAGGGGCAGCGUGAGCAGCUGUUGAAACUCUCCACUCUGGUUGACGAACAGCAGAAAGAGAUUGACAUGCGAGAGGGAAGGCUCAGCGAGACUGAGAAAUCAUUGGUCAAGCACAAGCAGGAUAUCAAGAAAAAGGGCACAGAGCUCGUCAAGUAUCGCGAGAAACUAGUGGAGACCAUGGAGGACCGUCAGACAAAGGUGGACGAGAUCGAGAUCGAGAAAAAGACAGCAAGUGAUCUCUACGCUCAGGGCCUGAGGUGCCGAGGCGAACGGCACGAGCACGUGAUAGCUAGACAGAAAGAGGCUCUGGCAGACAUGCGCAAAAAGUCCAAGCUCAUAGAGCAGCUCAAACCACCUCUCCCUAGUCACGAGCAGUCACUGCAACAAAUAGUCGCACUCAAGCAGGAGAUUGCCGAACUCCGCGCCACUCUGGCAUCUAGAGAGGAGGACUUUCACAAGAACGAGUCACAGAUACACGCAGAGCUCCGUCUCGUCCGCGAGCAGUCCUCAUCCAACCUUGCCGAAAAGCAGUUUGAGAAGAGCACGCACAAGGAUACGAAAGACGCUCUCGACCUCAGCGAGAAAACGUAUCUCAAGCUUGCCCGCACGUUAGGUGCGCUGCUAGAAGUUGAUCCAGUGCCUGGCACUCGUUCCAUGGCGCAUAUACCUGCAGAGGAGAGAGAAAAACUGGAACAAGACAGAUCUAAGGCGGUAGAAUUGCUUGUUUCACGUGUGAAGCUUCUCCAAGAACGGUUAGACCGCAAGGAAAAUUUACUUGGUGGCUAUGAAAAAGACCUGGUCAACUUAAGAGAGUCCCAGACAGUGGCUGGAAUGAAGUCAGCCGAAGCCUCAGGGCUCAAGCUGGAUGUUCGGACUCGCCAGGAAGAGAUAGCGUACCUGCGGGAAUCCCUCAGUCGGCUGCGGGACGAACUCGACCAGGAGCGACGGGUUAACGUGUGCUUACGAGAGAGAAAGAAAUUCGCGAUGGACUUCGAGGACCGUGACACGCAUCGUAAGGCGCAUUCAUGUUACACAGAUGAGCAUUCAAGAUAUCAGGAAGAAGCUAAGAAGAGAAAAGCAGCCGAGAGGAUCAAGCGAAAAAACUAUGAAAUAGAAUCCUUGAAAAAGGAACUUCGCUCGGCUGACCGAGAACUAAACGACACAGCCAUUCGGUUACAAGCUUUUGAAAGCACAAGAAAUAUGAAUGGUACAGAUAGUGAUGUCAGUGAUAUACUGUACCACGUCUGAUGACUCUACCCCUGUACAACUGAUGGCCCCACCCCUUAAGGCUGAUGACCUCCGCUCAUGUUUAUACUGUACAUAGAUGAGACUGUACUUUGUCUUUCCAUUACUGUAUUUAUAGCUGUAUUUCUAGUAGGAUUUAAGGUUAUAACUGAAAUAAAAACUGUGAUAUCUGUUGUACUUUUGUAAGUCUCAAAUAAACAGUUGUUUAUAUGUUUUCAGCGAUUAAAGGAUAUUGUUAAAGAAGAAAGUAAAAAGUGCAAAUUGCUAAUUGAAUAAAUGAAAGUUUGUUUA